AGGCUGGCGCUGAAGGCACUUCUGACAGACAGACGGCUCAAGCGGCUUUGGCACCUUCUUGCUGCUCUGCAUUAUGAGAAAGGCAAUGCUCUUCUCCGGCUUUCUUGUUGUUUUCCUUGGCCUGGCUCUGCCAGGCAUCCAGGGAAAAAUCAUCCCCCGGUGUGAGUUGGUGAAGAUCCUACGUCAGAAUAGCUUUGAGGGCUUCGUGGGCAAAACUGUAGCUGACUGGGUCUGCCUGGUGGCACACGAGAGCAGUUACGACACUAAAGCGUUUCAUAACAACGGUGCAAGCAGAGACUACGGGAUCUUCCAGAUCAACAGUCAGUACUGGUGUGAUGACGGCAAGACCCAUGGAUCCAAGAACGCCUGCCAUACCAGCUGCUCAAAAUUCCAAGAUGACAACAUCAAGGAUGAUAUGCAGUGUGCCAAGAAGAUUGCUCAAGAGGCAAAGGGCCUCAAACCCUGGGUCGGCUGGAAUAAACAUUGCAAGGGCAAAAACCUGAGCUCCUAUGUGAAGGGUUGCUAAAGCAUUCCAGAAGCGGCAACUCUUUCCUCAGGAUUCCCAAGGGUGAAGAGCGAGGGUGUACGGAGCAGAGGCCACGGAAGAAGGAUGGGUGUGGGGAAUUCAGAGCAGCGUAUCGUUACGGUAGAAAGGGUGCUCGCUAUUGGUAACGCUACGAGGACAUCGCGCUACUGCAACGCAAGUAGAGAACUGGAAGGCCACUGGCUUAGUAGGACUUAGCAGAAGUGCAUUAGAACUGGAAUUUCAGCCAUUUACUUCCAUAAUCCCAUCUCAGGAUUUUCAUUCCCUGACUAAUGUUUAGAGGUUCUCUCUCUUGCGCCUUUCAGUCUUCUCCUUCAUCCCUCCCUUCCUCCCGUUCUUCCCUCUCUCCAUUACUUUCUUUCAUUCUUUGUUCUCUCUCUUGGGCCUUUCUCUCUUCUCCUUCAUCCCUCCCUUCCUCCCGUUCUCCUUUCCCUCUCUUCAUUACCUUUUUCCUUCUUUUUUUCUCUCUUAUCUGAGUGUAGAAAAUAUGGAAAAUUAAUGAAUGGUGUUAUUAGUUCUAAGAGCUGCAUAAUUGCAGUCAUCUUCUCCCUGGGACGCCGUCACUGCCCGAGAUGGGGAAUACAGAGAGACACAACUAUGACCUAGAGACAACUAUGACCUUGCUCCUUAAACUCGUCCGAGCAUCUUCUCCUGCGAGAUUGGACACUGUCAUGGAUGGCCGUUUGGCUAAAUAGGGCUUUUCUUAUCAUCCUUCGAGGUAUCAGAUCAAACAAAGUCUCGGAAGGAUGCAGGCAGCAUCUCUAUGAGGAAAUAACGGGUGGGAAAGCCAUUUAGGAAAGGGAAAUACUUCAUCAUUUAGGUCACGAAUCCUUUUUCCAAACGAAGGCUGAAUCCAGAGGAGUGCACCAAUGGAAGGUGACAAUACUGAAACCGUGGUUGCUUCUUCAGAUGCUUUGUUCUGCUGCUUGGUGAGCAGUGACUGCUUUUAUGGUACGCAA